AUGGCGUCCCGACAGACUCAGUUCAACCAGCAGGUGCUCAUCGACACCACCCCUCUCCCCGCGUCGAUCCCCCCGGUCAAGGAGAUUGGCGCCACCUCUGCCCCUCUUCUCUCGGCGGCUUUCUUCAUCGGCGCCCGGUGCCGCGACUACAACGAUGACUACAUGCAGUGCAAGACCGAGAAGCCCGGCCGUGGCGAGCUUGAGUGCUUGAAGGAGGGUCGAAGGGUCACCAGAUGUGCCGCUAGCGUACUUAAGGAUAUUAACACACACUGCCUGAACGAGUUCCGCAGGCAUUGGAUGUGUCUCGAGGAGGGAAAUCAGCAGCUCUGGCAGUGCCGCCCGGAGGAGUGGAAGUUGAACAAAUGCGUCUACGAGAACCUUAAACUUGAAAAGGUCGUUCCCGACCAGCCCAAGAACUCCACACCCGUCCACCUCAGGACGAGGCAAGUCCUUGCCGAUUUCCCCCUCCUUCGGUCCCAAGGAGAACCCUUUGUUCCCCCUAAGGCCGAUUCCAAGGACUCUUCGUAA